UCGAACGAGCCUAAUUCUGACCGGCCGGGCGUCUUUUCCACACUUCCGACAUGUGUAGCGGUGCAGGCUGCAGUGACGGAGCAGCAGGAUGAGUUAGAUCUCCAGCUGUAGUAAGAUAAAGACCUAAAUGUGUAUUUUUUGGACUUUUUUUCAUCACGAGUCUGAAAGAAGACAUGUUAUUGGAGACAAAUAGCCCAGAACCUCAACACUGACCAGAGAAAAGAUUUUUUUUUGUAGUUUCUGCCUUUCUAUCGGGAAAUGUCAUGGAUCACGUCUUCGUGCUUUGCUUCGCUUUUACACUCUGGCCUGUCUUAGUGCCUUUUAGCCCGGCAGCAGGCCUGCAGACGGACGGUAAAG